AUGCCGGUUUCCUAAAGUGCCUAAUAUUUUUCCAUUUUAAGCGACCUAUUUCCGACCCGAGCCGUUUACGAGACUACCGCUUUUGCACCCGAACCCGAACCCGAACCCGACCCGGACCCACCCGUUGUCGCAUUCUAAAAGGAAACUUCUAGGUUGAUUACUGAUUAGCAUCGUCUCUAUCCGAAUUAGGAUCAUCAUCGGCAGUGACCGAGUCUUGCUUGGAUCUUGAAGCCUCAGUUUAUCUGCGCGAUCAUGGCUACGAGAUCGGUGGUGUGCAGAGCUUCUCUGAGCCGCUUCAUGGACGGCACUCGCGGGUCUUCUCGCUACUUCAGCGACAGCAAGGGUCGUGUUCUCAGCGAGGAGGAGCGUGCCGCCGAGAACGUCUACAUCCAGAAAAAGGAAAGGGAGAAGAUGGAGAAAAUGAAACGGCAGCUGGAGAAAGAGAAAGCUGCUGCAGAAAAAGGGAAAGCUGAGAAUAAAACGGGGGAAGAAACUGGUAAGAGCUGAAAUGAUAAAACCUGCAUUGAUUGAUGAGACUCUUGCUUUUGAGCUACGUGGGAGGAAUAAAUGUACAUGACUCUUGGUCAGUCUGACUUUGUACAGAGAGCUAUGGCACUUGUUAAAUGUCAUGUUCUUAAACAGUGGUACCCCUAAACGCGUGCAGUACUACUUUGACUAAUCAAGGUAAUAGUUUGGCUUUUCUGGCAAAA